CGGGACAUUGGGAAGGGGUCGUUCAGAGGCCUCCCGGGGAUGGGGCUUGCAGCUCGACUGAGCGCCCCUCGAGCGCUGGUACUCUGGGCCGCACUGGGGGCAGCAGCUCACAUCGGACCUGCACCGGAUCCGGAAGACUGGUGGAGCUACAAGGAUAAUCUCCAGGGAAACUUCGUGCCAGGGCCUCCCUUCUGGGGCCUGGUGAAUGCCGCCUGGAGUCUGUGUGCUGUGGGGAAGCGGCAAAGCCCCGUGGACGUGGAGCUGAAGAGGGUCCUUUAUGACCCCUUUCUGCCUCCACUGAGACUCAGCACUGGGGGAGAGAAGCUCCGGGGAACCCUCUACAACACCGGCCGCCAUGUCUCCUUCCUGCCUGCACCCCGGCCCGUGGUCAACGUGUCUGGGGGGCCCCUCCUCUAUAGCCACCGACUCAGUGAACUGCGAUUGCUGUUUGGAGCGCGGGAUGGAGCCGGCUCCGAACACCAGAUCAACCACCAGGGGUUCUCUGCGGAGGUGCAGCUCAUCCACUUCAACCAAGAACUCUAUGGGAACCUGAGCGCCGCCUCCCGGGGCCCCAAUGGCCUGGCCAUUCUCAGCCUCUUUGUCAAUGUGGCCGGCAGCUCAAACCCCUUCCUCAGCCGCCUCCUUAACCGUGACACCAUCACCCGCAUCUCCUACAAGAAUGAUGCCUACUUUCUUCAAGACCUGAGCCUGGAGCUCCUGUUCCCCGAAUCCUUUGGCUUCAUCACCUAUCAGGGCUCUCUCAGCACCCCGCCCUGCUCAGAGACUGUCACCUGGAUCCUCAUCGACCGGGCCCUCAAUAUUACCUCCCUCCAGAUGCACUCCCUGAGACUCCUGAGCCAGAAUCCUCCGUCCCAGAUCUUCCAGAGCCUCAGCGGUAACGGCCGGCCCCUGCAGCCCUUGGCCCACAGGGCCUUGAGGGGCAACAGGGACCCCCGGCACCCCGAGAGGCGCUGCCGAGGCCCCAACUACCGCCUGCAUGUGGAUGGUGCCCCCCAUGGUCGCUGAGACUCCCCAUCGAGGACUGCGCCUGUCCUUUCCAAGUCUCCCCACUCGGGGAGGGGAGUCACCCCCAAAACAAAGCUAUUAAAGGGACAGAAUACUUCCUGUU